CUUCUUUGACGAAGGUUCCAGGAUGAAUGCAUGGCGUACACCCUUCUUUAGUUGAUGGUUGAAGGCUUGUUGAAAAUCUUUUACACGCCGAAUGAGUAAAGGGGUUGGUUCACCGUUGUUCUUUGCGAAGCGAUUCGUCCUAAUGUAUUGUGAGCGUUUAAACUGUUGAUGAAGGCUCGCCGUGCACUGUUCCUGAUUGUGUUCCAAUUCCACACUUGAUGCUGGGGCUCUGAAAAUAUCAACCUAUCUCACAGACGCAGUUUUAAUCUUUGGAUCCGAAAUGUCCAUGUCGAUAGAACAAGAGAAGCCUUAUGAAGAGCCAGCAAUCAGACUGUGUUUCAACGCAACUGUGUAUGCUCGCGUGGCUGUGGGGAUUCUUGGCGUGGCAAUACUGUGCCAUCUGGCCAGUACAGGGUCAUCGUACUGGAUAGCUGGGGAGCUGGACGGCCACGUGGUGUGGCAUGAAGGUCUAUGGCAGAGCUGUUACAUCAAACCGUUGGACACGUGGGUGUGCGUGUCGUAUGUGCUUGACCACCACAUCAACACUGUACCAGGUUGGUUCAAAGCUUCCCAGACUAUGGCGAUAUUGGCGAUAGUGUCCUCCGUCCCGGCAGCCAUGACGAUGUUGUUGUACGCGUUGCUGCCGACCCUAGGGGGGAGGAAGGUCGCCUCUGUCCUCUCCAUCGUUCUCUGUAUCACGUCAGGUGUGUUCGUAUUGACUGCCGUCAUCGUGUUCGCCACUCUCUAUCCCCUUCUUCCUGAUCACGCCACGCAAGACGUCUAUUUUCAUUGGUCAUUCGGCGUUGACGUCACAGCCGCCAUCUUGUUCUUCAUACCCCCUGCACUACUCAUCGUGGACAUGCGCAAAUCAUUGCUGUGGAUCGUCUAAAACAUUUCAUUGAUGAACUUGUGUCAUGCAUUUCCAAAUAAACCAUCUCAUAGUAAUAUCAAAAAA